CGGCAGAAUAAUAAUUAAAAAAAACAUAAAAAGGUAAAAGACAGGGCUGUGUUAGAAAAUUAGCAAACUCGAAAUGCUUCGAUAAACAAAACAAACCAGCUCUUACAGAUCUUAAACCUGACACUCUUUAACUACACCACCAUCUCAGAUCCAAAUUUUCUUACACUCAUUUGUCUCUCUCUGACUCACUCUCUUCUGCUCCAACAGAUCUCAAUCAUUCUGUUUCUUUCUUAGAGAUGCGGUUAAUUUCCUGUUCCAACUAACUAAAAUGAUGAACGGUGCUCGGAGAAAUCAUCAUAAUCAUAGCCUGAUCAGAGAAUCUCUAAUCGGCGGCAGGAAUAACGGCGGAUUUCCGCCUGCAAUCGGAUCGCUGUCUCACCAUAACCAGCAGAAUCACCGGCGUGGGAAUAGUUUGAACGGUUUAUCUUCAUCUAGAGAGACAACAACUGAUGAGAAUUUGGAUCUUUUUUCCAAGAAUCGCCGGAGUCUCUCCGUUGCUUCUUCCGAUGAAUCAUCCGAUGUAUCAGUGAGAUUAGGGAGACUUUCAAUUGGAUCAGCUAAGCCAUUAAAGAGCGGGAUUGAUGAUCUUUUAUCUUCUACAGAUGGAGGGAAGCAUGAUUAUGAUUGGCUUCUCACUCCUCCUGGAACUCCGCUUUUUCCGUCGUCUGAUGGCGGUGACUCACAGCCUAUGCCAGUUGCUCCAAGAAGCAGUUCCUUGUCUAGAUCAGCUUCUACUACUAAAGGUUCAAGGCUUUCAGUUUCACAAUCAGAGAGCUACCAUUCUGCCAGACCAGCUAGAAGCAGUUCAGUGAGUCGCUCUUCCAUCUCAACAUCACAAUAUAAUACUUAUUCAUCAAAUAAAUCCUCUACAAUCCUAAAUUCAAGCUCCGCUUCAGUCUCAUCAUACACCAGACCGUCCUCCCCAAUUACCAGAUCUCCAUCCAUUGCAAGGCCUUCCACAUCAUCUUCCCGCCCGACAGCAUCACGUUCCUCAACUCCGUCUAGAGUUCGCCCAGCCCCCACCAGCUCUUUAGUUGACAAGAAUCGGCCAUCCCCAAGCUCAAGGCCUUCUACUCCAAGCUCUAGAACACAAAUACCUGCAAACUCAAGUUCAACUUCUGCUCGAUCGAAUUCUCGACCAUCUACUCCCACACGUCGUAAUCCAGUAUCUGCUGCAUCACCUACCCUAGGUUCAUCUACUUCAGCUGGCCGCAUUACUUCAAAUGGACGCAUUUCCGCCCCAUCAUCACGGCCUAGUUCCCCAAGCCCUCGAAUUCGACCUCUACAGCAGCCAGUUGUUCCUCCUGAUUUUUCUCUUGACACGCCUCCAAACCUUAGAACAACCUUGCCGGACAGGCCACUUUCUGCUGGAAGGUCACGGCCGAGCCCUUCUGUCACUAUGAAGGGGAGCCCAGAAACCACAAGCCCAGCGAAUGUGCCAAGGCGGCAUUCAUCUCCCAUUGUCUCUAGGGGAAGGCUUGCAGAGGCCCCUGGAAAGAGUCGUGUGCAUUCUAAUGGACAUGUUGCUGAUCUAAAUCAGCCUCGAAAGGUUUCACAUGUCUCCGAUUCAGGGAUGCGGAAACCUGCUAAGCCAUCAGCAAAUACCACAGACAGUAAUGGGUUUGGGAGGACAAUAUCUAAGAAGUCUCUGGAUAUGGCUAUCAGGCAUAUGGACAUAAGAAAUGGCAAUGGAAGCGCUCGUGCACUUUCAAAUACCUCUCUCUUUCCUCAGAGCAUUCGACCUGCUACCAAAACUCAAUCUGUUCGCUCUAUGCAUUCUCCAGAAUCCAUUAGCAAUGGAGAAAUGCUUGAGAACGGACACCAUAUGAGCAGGCCUGUCGAAUAUGGAAAUGAAGUAAAUGAUGGACGAUACUUCGCAAAAUUGAGCGAAGUCGACAUUUACGAAAGCUCCCGUUAUGAUGCAAUAUUACUUAAAGAGGAUUUGAAGAACACAAACUGGUUGCAUAGUAUUGAUGAUAAAUCUGAUCAAGGAUCAAUCUUUGAUAAUGGAUUUGAGCCUUUACCAGAACCAUUCGCACCCUUAUAACAUCCGAUUAGUCGGAUUAUUUUUCUUGAUAUCUGGUAUGUUUUUUUUUAUUAUCCUCUAUAAUUCGUUUACUUGUAAGAAAUGAGAUAUGUCCACUCGUUUAUCACUAACAACUGAUAAACUGAAGAGGCGGUGUGUUUGUUAUGCAAUGAAAUCAAUGGUUUGAUUUUCCUUUGA